GAAUUAUUAUUAUGAUUAUUGAGCUGUGAAAAAAUUGUAAAGUUAUGAAAUUCGCCGAACAUUUAUCGGCGCAUAUUACGCCGGAAUGGAGAAAACAAUACAUUCAAUAUGAGCAUAUGAAAGAAAUGUUAUACGAUGCCAUCGAUUCAAUACCGAUCGAAUGUCAAGAACAGGAAUUUCUUGAAAUUGUACGAAAAUUUGAUGAACAAUUUUUACAUUUUUGUGAAAAAGAACUGAACAAGAUAAAUUCAUUUUUUGCUGAAAAAUUAGCAGAAGCUGUACGAAAAUUUAAUGAUCUUAAAAAUGAACUCGAUUCAUUUAUACCGGGUUCGGCUGAUCAAGAUCAAUUCGAUGUUCAAUUUACAACGCCACCAUUAUUUCAACAAUCAAAAGAAGCGCAAAAAAAACAAAGCCGAAAAUUAUUGAAAAAAAUCAAUGAUCUUAAAUUGGCAUUUUCGGAAUUUUAUCUGAAUCUAGUUUUGUUACAAAAUUAUCAAACUCUUAAUUUCACCGGUUUUCGAAAGAUAUUGAAAAAACAUGAUAAAUUAUUGAAUACAAGUGCAGGCAAUCAAUGGCGUCAGAAUAAUGUUGAUCAAGCACCUUUCUAUACUAACAAAGAGGUAGAUAAAUUGAUUGAAAAGACUGAAAAUAUUUUUGCCAACGUAUUGGAAGGUGGUAAUCGUUCAAGGGCUAUGAAAAGACUUCGGGUACCACCAUUGAAUGCUCAACAAUCCUUAUGGACAACAUUCAGAGUUGGUUUCUAUUCCGGCCUUUUUAUUAUCCUAAGUGCGGCAUUAAUAAUACAAUUAAUAUACGCACACGAUGUGAUCAAAUUUAACUACCUAUGUCAUCUAUUUCGUGGGCCAUUCUUCAUAUGGUUAUUCAUAUUUUUAUUGGGCAUCAAUGUUUAUGGUUGGCGUACUUCCGGUGUGAAUCAUGUGCUGAUAUUUGAAUUAGAUCCUCGUGAUCAUAUUUCCGAACAACAUUUAUUCGAAGUGAGUUUCUUUUUCGCUGUGAUAUGGGCGUUCGCAUUGUUAGGCUAUUCAUUUGCAUCAUCAUUCGAAAUUGAUGGUAAUCUAUUCCCACUAGCCACCGUUGUAUUGUUCAUUUUAUUUCUGAUAAAUCCAACAAAAACAUUUCGACAUACGGCUAGAUUUUGGCUACUACGUGUUUUGUAUCGACUUUUAGUUGCACCAUUCUAUGCCGUUACAUUCGCCGAUUUCUGGCUAGCUGAUCAACUAAAUAGUUUAUCAAUAUUGUUUGGGGAUGCUAUUUUUUACAUAUUUUUUUACACUAAUGUCUAUUAUCUAAAUUCGGACCAUAAUGCACUUUAUAUGCCACAUGGUAAAACUUAUCUUACGUUUCGGGCAUUUUUUGCUGCAUUACCAGCAUGGUUUCGUUUUGUUCAAUGUCUUCGCCGUUAUCGUGAUGAUAAUUAUCGUAGCUUAUUUCCACACGUGGUUAAUGCUGGAAAAUAUUCGACAACAUUUUUUGUUAUCACCUUUUCAACAUUAACUGAAUUGACAUCAACAAUUCCGGGUGAUCCUUCUUCAAGUUCAUUUUUUCAACUCUGGAUUGCCGCAUUAAUUAUAUCAUCGAUUUAUACAUAUAGUUGGGAUGUAAUCAUGGAUUGGGGUCUAAUGAAUGUCCGAUCAACGGAAAAUUGGCUAUUACGGAAUGAACUUGUCUAUCCUAAACAUUAUUAUCAUAUGGCAUAUAUUGGAGAUUUUUUUGGCCGAACAAUGUGGGCAUUUACGAUUUCAUUGAAUCAGGUGGGCAAUAUCAAUUCCGAUUGGCUUGGUACCGGUGUUGCUACCAUCGAAUUGUUUAGGCGAUUUGUAUGGAAUUUUUUCCGUUUAGAAAAUGAACAUCUCAAUAAUUGUGGUGAAUUUCGUGCCGUACGUGAUAUAUCGAUUGCUCCUAUUACAUUAUCAUCAAUAAAUAGCCAAUCAAAUGGAUUCCAUAAAACAAGUGCGAUAUUUAAGAAAAAAGACAAGAAAAAUCAUAAACCAAGGCGAUCGACUAAUCAGUAUUCAAUUAAACGAAGCCAAGAUGAUUCCAAAUCAAGCGAAGUGACACUUUUAAUGGAAACAACCAGAACGAUUACCCAUAAAGAUUAUGAUAAACUAUGAUAU